AUGGCUCCUUUCCAUUCUCUCGAGGUCCUCUUUGCCGCCUGUGAGCUGGGAGUGUUUGACCUGCUCGCCGAGGCCCCGGAGCCCCUGGGCUCGGCUGCAGUGGCCGCACGUCUGGGCGCCAGCGCCCGGGGGACACAGCUGCUGCUGGACGCCUGUGUGUCCCUGAAGCUGCUUGAGGCAGAAACGAGAGGAGGACAAGCGCUCUAUGAAAACACGGAGCUGGCCAGCACCUACCUGGCCAGGAGCAGCCCCAAGUCCCAGCACCACAUGCUGCUGUACCUGGGCAGGACAACUUACCUGUGCUGGGGCCACCUGGCCCAGGCCGUGAGAGAAGGGAAGAACCAGUAUCUGAAGGCAUUUGGGGUUCCCUCGGAAGAGCUCUUCACAGCCAUCUACAGGUCGGAGGGCGAGCGGCUGCAGUUCAUGCGAGGCCUGCAGGCCGUGUGGAGUGUCCACGGCCGGCGCGUGAUGGCCGCCUUUGACCUGUCCCCGUUCCCUGUCGUCUGCGACCUCGGCGGCUGUGCGGGGGCUCUGGCCAAGGAGUGUGUUUCUCUGUACCCUGCAUGUCACGUCACCAUUUUCGACAUCCCGGAGGUGGUACGAACGGCAAGGAAGCACUUCCUGUUCGGGGAGGAAGAGCCGAUUAGCUUCCGUGAAGGGGAUUUCUUUAGAGACCCCCUUCCGGAGGCAGAUCUGUACAUCCUGGCCAGGGUCCUGCACGACUGGGCCGAUGACAAGUGUGCUCAGCUGCUGGCGCGAAUCGGGCACGUCUGCAAGCCAGGUGGUGGCGUGCUGGUCAUCGAAAGCCUCCUGGACGCGGACGGCCGGGGCCCUCUGACCACGCAGCUGUACUCGCUGAACAUGCUGACGCAGACGGAGGGCCAGGAACGGACGCCCGCCCAGUACUGUGCCCUGUUGGCCUCCGCCGGCUUCCCGGACGUCCAGUGCAAGAGGACUGGUGGCCCUUACGAUGCCAUCCUGGCCAGGAAGUGACGCCCCUCGCGGAGCAGCUGCGAGCUCAAACGUCGUGCUGAAGACGGGGUCUCGGUUACGCCUGUGGCGUUUGUGGCUCGCCUGGCGAGUGACGGGGUCUCUGGGGACGGCUGGUGGCUGCCUUGUUCUGUUUCGUUUAUUUUGUUUCAUUUCCUUCUCCUCCACUUCAUUGUAUCGUAUCCUAUUCUAUUCUAUUCUAUCCACCACACGUGGAUCAGGACGGGACGUCUCUGCGGCCUGCACUUCCUGAGAUGACCACCUUUGUCACUGCUCCGUUGUCCCCUGCCCAGUCUGUCCCCCCCAGUCUGUCCGACCCCAUGUUUGGAUAUGUGGGGACGGUCCCUGUGGCAUCCCCGACACCUACAUUGCUGACAAGGGGGCCCGCUUGUGUCAGUCGUUGGUCCAGGGAGAUGCAUGCGCCCCUCACCCCAACAUCACCAGGGAGGCGGACAACUGGACCCGCCCUUGUAUUUUGGGGUUUUCCAGCAUUUAUUUCUUCCUUUAGUCACUCCAGGAGUCAGGGCAAGAUGUUUUGUGGUUUUUUGUUUUUUUACACAAAUUUGAAUUGUCUGAUUCUUGCCUUUAGGAUGAAAUGGCAAUUGCUUAUGCAUGUAUUGAUUUUAUUAAGAUGUGAUUGACAUAUAACAUUCUGUUAGCUUUAGGUGUACAACAUAAUAAUUCGAUAUUUGCGUGUAUUGUGAAUUGAUCACCGAAAGUCUAGUUAACAUCCAACACACACAUAGUUACAGUUUAGUUUUUUUCUUGCGAUGAGAACGUUUAAGGUUCGUUUUGUUAGCACGUUUCAGAUACGCAAUACAGUAGUUUUAACCAGCAUUACCACUCUGCCUGUUCCAUAGAAUACCCACAAUGCUUAUUUAUUUUACAACUGGAAGUUCGUACCGUUUGAUCUGCUUCACCCCUUUUGCCCCCCCCUCCCCGUUACCCCCAACUGCUGGCAACCACUCAUCUGCUCCCUGUAUCUGCGAAUUUGGUUUUUGUUUUUCCAGCUUCCACACAUACGUGAGGUCACAUGGUAUUAGCCAUUCUCUGUCUGAUUUCUUUCACUUAGCAUGAAAAUGUGCUUAUUUCUUUUAUUGCGGCAAAAUAAACCU